AUGGCACGUUCCAGAGGACCAGCAAGAAGACCAGCCCCCGUGCAGUCGCGCUCGGCGUCCAGCAUGGCCGCCCCAGCCGCGCACGCCCCUCCUGCGCCCGCCCCAGCCGCACACGCCCCAGCACAGGCGGCCCCACAGCAGCCCGGCUUGUUCGCACAGAUGGCCUCCACUGCCGCAGGCGUGGCGGUCGGCUCGGCGGUCGGCCACACCAUCGGCGCGGGCCUCACCGGGCUCUUCUCCGGCUCCGGCUCCGCUCCUGCGGAGGCGCAGCCCCAGCAGCUUGCCGCAGCCCCAGUGCAGCAGGACACCUUCCAGACGCAGGCCAGACACUGCGACACCGACGCGCGCAACUUCACGCGCUGCCUAGAGGACAACAACGGCAACUUCCAGAUCUGCGACUACUACUUGCAGCAGUUGAAGGCGUGCCAGGAAGCCUCCCGCCAGUACUGA